AUGCUGCAGUUGCAUUCCCCCCGAUUAGUGACUCGCUGUGCCAUCCUUCUGCUGGCCUCGUGCGCCACAGGUGGCUGUAGCACGCUACCGGUCCAUUACCAGGACUCGGUCACCAAGGUGGCCCCUGGCAACCCGGUGCCCAGGGAGCUGGAGAAAAGCUCCCUGCCCACCUACGUGCUCGAACCGCCUGAUAUUCUGCUGAUUGAUGCCGUACGUGUCGUACCGAAGCCCCCGGUGAAGGUGCAGACGCUCGACGUGCUGCAAAUCAACGUUCCGCCCGACUAUACGUUCAUCGAAGAGCCCAUCGCCGGGCUGUAUCCGGUGGAUGCCGAUGGAACGGUCAAUAUGGGGCCCACCUACGGGCGUGUCACGGUGGCCGGGCUCUCGCUGGAGGAUGUUCGCGAGGCGGUCCGCAAGCAUCUCGAGGGAAUCCUUACCGACGUGCAGGUCUCGGUCUCGCUGGCCGAAAGCGCCGGCGAGCAGCAGAUCGCCGGCGAGCACCUCAUUGGUCCCGAUGGGACCGUGAACCUGGGCACCUACGGUAGCGUGUUCGUGGCCGGUAUGACGCUCGAGCAGGCCAAGGUGGCCGUCGAGACCCAUCUGUCGCAGUUCCUCGACGAUCCGGAAGUCUCGAUCGACGUGUUCGCCUACAACUCGAAGGUCUACUACGUGAUCACCGAAGGGGGUGGCUCGGGCGAUCAGUUCGCCGCCUUCCCCAUCACCGGCAACGAGACCGUGCUGGACGCCCUGGCGCAGAUUCAGGCCACCGGGUUCAGUUCCUCACGGAAGAUCUGGGUUGCCCGACCGGCGCCCGAUGGGCUGGGAUACGAACAGAUUCUGCCGGUGGACUGGAACGCCAUGAUCCGUGGCGGCCAGGCAGCGACCAACUACCAGUUGUUCCCCGGUGAUCGAGUGAUCAUCGAAGAGGACCGACUCGUCGCCUUCGACACCAUGCUCGGCAAAAUCACCACCCCUAUUGAACGUAUCUUCGGCGUAACCCUACUCGGCUCGCAAACCGUCCAAACCCUAAACCGACUCCCCGAUGGACAAGGCCGCUCGUCGAAACUCUCAGCAGAUCCAGCAACUGGAGCGAAACUCGGCACGAACAAGAACAGGUCGAUCGGCUGGUUCUCAAACCCUGGCCCCAACGGGGCACACGACCGCGUAGCCAUGAAAUCGACCGUGGAAGAGGUACGAUCCCGGUUCGAUUCUGACGUCGAGCGAUUCUCAAGUCUUGAAACUGGGCAAUCGGCUACCAUUGAUGCCCCGCUUGCGUUGGAACUCAUUGCGGAAGCAGCAUGGGCUACGACUCCGAACGGUCAGCGGGUGUUGGAUCUUGGCUGCGGGGCAGGCAAUUUCACCUUGCGGCUUCUAAAGCAACAAAGUGUCCGAGAGAUCACUCUCGUCGACCUUAGCCGCCCCAUGCUGGAUCGGGCAGUUGAAAGAAUCGAGCAGGCGUCCGGCGUCACCCCUGAGACCAUCCAGGGUGAUUUGCGAGACCUCGACUUUGCCGAGGCGAGCUUUGAUAUCAUCCUUGCUGGAGCGGUCCUGCAUCACUUGCGCUCGGAUGAAGAGUGGCAGCGCACGUUCCGAAAGAUCUAUCAAUCCCUCGCCCCUGGCGGAGGUUUUUGGAUUUUCGACCUCAUCUCGAGCCCGACACCAGAGCUGCAACAUACCUUCUGGAAACGGUACGGCGAGUAUCUGACCACUCUCAAAGAUGAAGCGUACCGAGAUGCGGUAUUUGCCUAUAUUGAGAAAGAAGACACCCCUCGCCCGUUGAUUUAUCAGCUCGAUCUACUUCGCCAGGUUGGCUUCUCCGAAGUUGAGAUCCUGCACAAGCAUGGCUGCUUCGCGGCUUUCGGCGGGGUGAAGAGGUGCUAG